AGUAGUAAACACACUACGCAUUGUGAGGUUAUAAUACAAAAAAAAAACAAAAACAGCGACAUUGUUGCUACCUUUUCUUACAACCAAACUCUUUAGUUAAAUAUUGAACUAAAAUAAAUUUCUUAAGUGUUAACACAUAGUAAAACUACACGCAACAGCAAAGUAAUAUAUUAAACAGAAAUAAAACUAAAACUUAAUUUGGACUCCAACCACAACUACUAUGACUACGUUUAAAGGUCAAAAUUUUUGGAUUUAUUUCGACAGUACGCCGGAGCCUAACAAAGUUAAAUGUAAACUUUGUAAUAGCACACUCAUAUCGAAACGUUCUUUCAAUUUGCGAAAACACUUAAAAAUGUUGCAUCAACUAGAGUUUCGUCCAACAAAACGCAUAUAUACAAAAACUCCACGAAAACCAGUUGCACCAGUCACUUCAAUUGAUCUUGAGAAUGCCUCAUCUUCUUUUAAAUAUGACGAACAUAAUUCAUUGGAAAAUAGAACAGCAGAAGGUGGAAAUAAUUUUUCCGAUCUAAAUGCAACAACAUUGGGUUCAAACGAAACAUUAAGCAGAGACUCAUUUUCAAUACUACCAACAACAAGGAUUGUUCCCGAUACUAUUAAAGUAAAAGUAGAGGAAGAAGAUUUUGAACAUGACAUGACUACAGAGAAAGAAGCAGGAACUACGUUUGAAGGCAAUAAUUCAGAAGAUGAAACUAUUUACAACAUUGCACAGAAUGCAGCUUUACAAAAUCUUCCAACUCAACAUUCACAAAGAGACAACUUUGCUGAGCCUUCGUCAAUAAGACCAAACAAACUAGGCAGCAGUAGUUUUAAUGAUUCUUAUCCGUUUACAUUUAAAGAACCACGCCGCAAGAAGAAAAAAACUGCCGUACCUUCAUUGGAUAAUAAGCAAACAAUGCCAUUAGAUGAUCCUCUAGAUGAUAAUACUUCUUCUAGUAAAACUGAUUACUUUGAACAGUGGGCUAAUAAGAAAAAACAAUUAUUGGAAAUAGAAAUGCUCGAAAUGAGAAAUUAUAAAUUUAAAUUAGAGCUAUGGGAAAAGGAGCAACAAUUAACUGUUGCUAAUUCAAAAUUUACCAAGGAUAUUAAACUGAAAAGUGCUGAAGAGUAAAAUUUCAAAAGAAAGCUGCAUCUUUUUUAUACAAAAAAAAGCUUUAGAAUGCUGAAAUUAACAAUAGAAAAAAUAUUUCUUGCUGUAAUUAACUUUUAUUAAAAAGUUGAGAUAAUCGCAUUGUGAAAGUUAUUUAUUUGACUCUCUAUAUUUAUAAGUUAUAACAUAAGUUUUAGUAUUUUAAACGUUAGAAUAAAGAUAUCAGGUUUUUUGUAAGGAAA